UCUGGCUGCUCGGUGCCCGGGGCCCCCCGGCGGUGCCCGGCUCGGCCGCCAGCUGGGCUCCCUCAGCAGCGCAAGUUUCCACCGGGCACCGCCACGGAGUUACGCUGGGGGGCGGCCCCGCCGUGUCCGUCCGCCUGUCCGUCCGUCCGUCCAUCCGCCGCUUUGUUCCCGGAGGAUGCGGCGCGCCUAACCCCGGCGCAGGCGGUGGGGCCGCAGCGGGGGCAGGGGCAGCCCUCCGCCGGAAAACUCCGCGCCGCCCUCCUUCCUCCUCCUCUUCCUCCUCCUCCUCCUCCUCCUCCUCCUGCCGCUGCCGCUCGCAGCCCCGGCGCGCAGCGAUGCUGGCGGGGCCGGCGGGCGGCGAUGGAGCGGGGCGGUAGCGCGGAGCCGCCCAGCACCGCGGCCCCUCGGGCGGCUGCCCGCGGCCCCUGAGGAGGAGGAGGAGGGAGAGGAAGGCCGGGGCGGCCAGCGGAGCGCGGCCAUGGAGGAGUGGCGGCAGUGCGGGCGCUGGCUCAUCGACUGCAAAGUUUUGCCCCCGAACCACCGGGUGGUCUGGCCCUCGGCCGUGGUGUUCGACCUGGCGCAGGCGCUGCGGGACGGGGUGCUGCUGUGCCAGCUGCUGCACAACCUGUCCCCCGGCUCCAUCGACCUCAAGGACAUCAACUUCAGGCCGCAGAUGUCCCAGUUUCUGUGUUUGAAGAACAUCAGGACAUUCCUGAAGGUGUGCCACGACAAGUUUGGGUUAAGGAACAGCGACCUCUUUGAUCCCUUUGACCUCUUUGAUGUGCGGGAUUUCGGGAAGGUGAUCUCUGCAGUAUCCAGGCUCUCCUUCCACAGCAUUGCUCAAACCAAAGGAAUUAGGCCCUUCCCUUCGGAGGAGACCACGGAGAAUGACGAUGACGUGUACCGGAGCCUGGAGGAGCUGGCAGACGAACAUGACCUGGGGGAGGACAUCUACGACUGCGUGCCCUGCGAGGAUGAGGGCGAUGAUAUCUACGAGGAUAUCAUCAGAGUGGAGGUGCAGCAGCCCAUGAAAAUGGGAAUGACAGAAGAUGACAAAAGGAAUUGCUGUUUGCUAGAAAUCCAAGAAACUGAGGCCAAAUACUACAAAACCCUUGAAGAUAUAGAAAAGAACUACAUGAACCCCCUGAGGCUGGUACUGACUCCCCAAGACAUGGAAGCUAUUUUUAUCAAUUUGGAGGACCUCAUUAAAGUGCACUUCAGCUUCCUGAGAGCCAUUGAUGUCUCGAUGAUGUCUGGAGGAAGCAGCCUGGCAAAAGUGUUCCUGGAGUUCAAAGAGAGGCUGCUGAUUUAUGGCAAGUACUGCAGCCACAUGGAAUAUGCCCAGAACACCCUGAACCACCUCCUUGCCAACCGGGAGGACGUCAGGCAGAAGGUGGAGGAAUGCACACUAAAGGUCCAGGAUGGGAAAUUCAAAUUGCAAGAUCUGCUGGUGGUUCCAAUGCAAAGGGUUUUGAAGUAUCACCUCCUGUUAAAAGAGCUGCUCAGCCAUUCCUCAGACAGGCCAGAGAAGCAGCAGCUGAAGGAGGCUCUGGAGGCAAUGCAGGACUUGGCCAUGUACAUCAAUGAAGUCAAGAGGGACAAAGAGACUUUGAAGAAAAUAAGUGAAUUUCAGAGCUCUAUAGAAAACCUGCAGGUGAAGCUGGAGGAGUUUGGGAGGCCGAAGAUCGACGGGGAGCUCAAGGUGCGCUCCAUAGUGAACCACACCAAGCAGGACAGGUAUUUAUUUUUAUUUGAUAAAGUGGUGAUCGUCUGCAAGAGGAAAGGAUACAAUUAUGAGCUGAAGGAAAUUAUUGAGCUGCUCUUCCACAAGAUGACUGAUGACCCCAUGAAUAACAAGGACAUUAAGAAGUCCCAUGGAAAAAUGUGGUCCUACGGCUUCUACCUGAUCCACCUGCAGGGGAAACAGGGCUUCCAGUUCUUCUGCAAGACUGAGGAGAUGAAGAGGAAGUGGAUGGAGCAGUUUGAAAUGGCCAUGUCCAACAUCAAGCCAGAGAAAGCCAAUGCAAAUCACCACAACUUCCAGAUGUACACAUUUGAGAAGACAACCAACUGCAAAGCCUGCAGGAUGUUCCUGAGAGGAACUUUCUACCAGGGCUAUCUUUGCCCCAAAUGUGGAGCAGGUGCUCACAAGGAAUGCUUGGAGAUUAUUCCUCCCUGCAAGAUGGGUUCUUCAGCAGACCAGGAUUCAGUGGGUGCAGGACCUGGUCCUAAAAUGGUGGCUGUUCAGAAUUACCAUGGGAACCCAGCCCCUCCUGGGAAACCAGUGCUGACCUUUCAGAUUGGGGACGUGAUGGAGCUGCUGAGGGGGGACCCCGACUCGCCGUGGUGGGAGGGGAGGCUGCUGCAGACCAAGAAGUCGGGUUAUUUCCCCAGCUCCUCAGUGAAGCCCUGCCCCGUGGAUGCCAGGCCCCCCAACAGCCGGCCGGCCUCGCGGGAGAUCGACUACACGGCCUACCCCUGGUUUGCAGGGAACAUGGAGAGGCACCAGACAGACAACCUGCUCAAGUCCCACGUCAGUGGCACCUACCUGAUCCGGGAGCGGCCGGCCGAGGCCGAGCGCUUUGCCAUCAGUAUUAAGUUCAACGAGGAGGUGAAGCACAUCAAGGUGGUGGAGAAGGACAACUGGAUCCACAUCACGGAAGCCAAGAAGUUCGAGAGCUUGCUGGAGCUGGUUGAGUACUACCAGAGCCACUCUCUGAAGGAGAGCUUCAAGCAGCUGGACACGACGCUGAAAUACCCCUACAAAUCCCGGGAGCGCUCUACCUCCAGGACCUUCACCCGCUCCCCAGCCUCCUGCGCUUCCUACAACUUUUCUUUUCUCAGUCCUCAGGGCCUCAACUUUUCUUCUCAGAGCUCCUCCAGUCCCUUCUGGUCAGUGUUCACCCCCCGGGUCAUAGGCACGGCCGUGGCGCGGUACAACUUCGCGGCGCGGGACAUGCGGGAGCUGUCGCUGCGCGAGGGGGACGUGGUGAAGAUCUACAGCAGGAUUGGAGGGGACCAGGGAUGGUGGAAGGGGGAGACCAACGGAAGGGUGGGCUGGUUUCCCUCGACCUACGUGGAGGAGGAGGGCGUGCAGUGACCGCGGCCGUGGCCGCUGGAAGUCGUCGAGCGCCCGGAGCCAGCAGCUGCAGCCUGAGCACACUGUCCCCGUGCUGGACACCUCCCAGGACUGUCCCUGCAGCCCCUCAGGACCCCCCCUGCGUGCAGGCUGCCCCGGCCUGGCCCCCUGUUCCGUGUACAGAAGAUUGCUGGGCUGUGGGAUGGCGCCGCUGGAGAGCCGCGCUCUCCCCGAUGGACAGAGCUCAGAGACUCUGGGUGCCCUGCAGGGCGUGGGCACUGCACCCCUCCUGUGGCAGGGGCUUCUAAAAGCCACCCUGGGGAUGCUGGAGGGAGGCUGAGGCUGGAGGGUUUGUGCCUGGGUGAGAAUUUGGGGGUUCCAGGGCAGGGAGCCCCAAGGAGGCAAUGCAGACCCUCUGCCACAGCACUCAGGGGGUUGCCCAGGUCAGGAUUUUGGCAGCCAUGGGCAGCACUGUGCUGUGGCCAGGGUGAGGGGCAGGGUGGGGACGCCUGGAGAGGGCUGUGACCAUUGGAAGUGGAGCUCCAGGUCAGCCAGGAGGGGACAAAGCCAUUUUGGCACCCCUGAGCCCAUUUUGUUCACAGUCACCUCAGUCCCAGCAGCCUUGCUGCAAGCAGGGGGUGCCCAGGGAGCAGACUGGUGCCACUGGUGAGCAGGAGGUCCCAGUGCAUUGCAGGACUGGAGAUGUGCUCCACACAAGGGUUUCAGAGGCCACCAAGGCACCAGGUACAUGCAGAGGAUGUGUCCGUGGGUCUGUCCUCCCCAAGCCAGGCUGAUUUUCCUUGCAGCUAUGACAAUUCCCACCUCAUGAGCUCAGGGUGAACCCACCUGAACAAGGGCUAUGCUAUCAAGUCCUGAAUCCUGUCCCUGAGCUGUGCAAGCAUCUCCUCUUCCCAGCUGUGUGCACUUUUGGGGGCUGGCAGCGUUGCCCCCCACUCUUCCUCUUCCUCCCACAGGCUGUUCCUGCUGCUGCUGUCAAGUAAAGGUCCGUGUGUUGUGACAUUCCCACUGUGUCCUGAGCACCCUCUGUCCUUCCCAAAGUGCAAAUACAAACAAAACCCACGUGUGGGAGCGUGGCAGGGAACAGCUUCCCUGUGUGUGAGCCCCAGGAGCUGCCUCUCUGAAUACCUGGCAUUUUGAGCUGGUGCUUCCAUGCCCUGCUGUUGUUCCCCUGGCAUUUGGGGUGGUUCCUGCUGUGGGAUCCUGCUGCCAAUGUGGGAGAUGCCAGUGCUGGCUGGGUGAGCAGUGCUGCUGCCCUCAGCCCCUGCCAUGGGGGUCUGCAAACAGAGCAGCAAAACCAGAACCAUGUUUGGGCUAAGAAAUGAAAGAGUUUGGAUCUCUCAAGAACAAGGGAAUGAUGCUAAGUUGGGAAUUACACAAUGACAAGCCCAGAGCCCCCCUGCUUUGCUCCCCAUUCCUGCUGGAGCUCUGGGAGUGCCCCAAUCAUGGGGUGUGAGGUGGCUGCAAAGGGGUCUGGCCAGGGCAGAGGGGAGGUGACAGGGACACAGAGAGGGGCUCAGGGCAUUCCCAAGGUACUGUUUGGUGCUACCCCCUCCCAGCCAGCCCCUCCAUGCUCAGUUUGAGGGCAGCAGCCAGCAGGGAGCUGACAAUUCCCUGCCCCUGUGCAGGGCAGAGGGUCCCAUUGCCAUUGCAGGGGCUGAGGGGGCAUUUUGGGUGGGUGGGACACACAAAAUCCUGAUGGCUCCUGUUCUUCCUCACAUCCCAAAGCCUUACAGCCCUUCCUUUUUAACAUGGCCAAUUUUGUAAGGGCAUCACCUUGGGAGAGCACAGCCCUGUCCCAGGGACCCCAAAGGGACCCCCACCCUCUGCCUGCCCUGCCAAACCCCCUCCCCCAGACAGCUCUCCCUCUUUGUGUUUACUGGUGUAAGAAACUUGUUAAAAAAAAGAGAUUGUUCUGUUUGUAAGUAAUUAUUCAGCCAUUUGCCACAAAUAUAUCUGUGAAUAAGAAAGGGAAAUGUUUUUUUUAUGAUGGCGAGAAAAUUGGAUGUAUUAUUUUAAGUCGUCUCAAGAUCAUUGGGAAUUGCAAUGGGAUAAGUUGGAAAAUAAUAUGUAAAUUCCUUGGGUUUUUUUCCUUUGCACUGCACUAACUGGGGUAGGGUGGAGGGGGGUUUAAAGAUAAAACUGUUUGUUUAAUGGAAUAGUUUAUAGCUGGGAAUUUGGAAAUCAUUUGGAAUAGCUUGUAAUGCUGGAAUAGAAACUUUAGCUGCUACUUAGAAACCCUUUUGCAUGUGGUUUUUCCAGGCCUUUUUAAGUUACAAUUCAUCAAAGUAAAUUCCCCAACAGAAAAAAAACCAAACCAAAAUAAAGUGUAAUUUUG